UCUCUGUUGUCAUAUAUACUUGUUGAGAAAAUUGUAAUUUAGCACGGCAACAGGCCAUGGGCCUAUUUUUUCAGUGCCAACAUUUCUAUUCUAUUUCUACUCUAUGUUGGUGGCUCAAAAUGGCUUUCAGAACCACUUGGUUUGGUCCACUUGGUCCAAUCAAAUGUAUGGUUUACAGAAGUCUAUUAAUGUUGAUUGAGUUUUCUGCACUGAAUUUGUUAAUUUGAACAAACUUUUCCUUACCUAAAUUCCACAUUGUUUGCAGAUUGGUGUAAUGGAGAAGAUUUCGCCUCUGUGUGAUCUUUGCAAUGAGUACUUUAAUGAACUUGAGCAUAAGCCAAUCUCACAGCCAUGUGGCCAUGUUUACUGUAGUUGCUGCCUAAAAAACUUGAAGUCAUCCAGCAAAACUUUCUGCCAAACAUGCAAGAAGCCCUGGAGCGAUGAAUUAGAGAAUUUUCCAAUUAUUUACAUGCUCAUUCCAAGUUCAGAAAAAGGGAAACAAAAUGACGUUCCUCAAACCAUGGAGCUAAGUAGCAAUGACUAUAAACUGUGCAGCACCCACAAGCUUCAAAAUGAGUAUUGGUGCUGCAAGUGCUCUGAAGUUACAUGCAAGAAAUGCUUUGUUCUGAAACAUCGUGGCCAUGCCACCAUUUUGCCUGAAGAUCUUCUUGCCGAAGAAUUGCAUUCAGAGAGAAAGAAGUAUGACUUUAUGGAAGGUAGUAAAGAAACAUUAGAAAAUUUAAAGCAAUCUAUCAUGGUUUGUGACUCUGGCCUGAAAAUUAUGAACAUGAGCAAUGAAAUUCAUGGACAACUUAUAGCCUGCAAGAACAGACUUCUGAAGCAGCAACAGGGCUUGGAAGAGGUUACAAAAGCCUUGAAUAAUAAAGAAGACUUUAAUACAACGAAUAAGAAACUCUGGAAUAUCUGUUUACUGAAGCCUGCUUUAGAGGCACAAUGUCAGGCCCUAGAACAGAAGUGUCAGCAGAUUGCUGCUCAAAUUUAUCACUAUAAUUCAUCAUUGAAGGAGGUGCACAAUUCUCUGAGUCUCAGCAUGACCACAAUUCUGCCCCAAGAGUUUCUGCCACACAGAUCCCAAUGGAAGUUAGAGGGAGAAUAUGAAGUGCAAAAAGCACUUGCCACCCUCAUUAAUUCAGACCACAGACCUCUGGGUUCUGUUAUUGUGACAUCAAAUGCAAAUCACCCAGUGCUAAAUUUUUCACCUCUGCUAAGCAAACUUGCUGAAUGUGGAGUCGAUAUCAAGCUACAUCUCUGGGACUCCUUCUGGUCUCGUGACCUGCCAUCGAAUGACCGUGAUAGACUGAAACCUUUCCUCAGCAACUUCAAAGGACAUGAACUGGUGCAUGUCUUUGGCAACUUUGACCCCUCCACGUUGCUGAAGAUGACGGCGUUGGAGUGGCUCGGUGUGCGGCUGGAGACAGCCGCUGAUGUUCCCAUCCUCAACUCUGAAAUGGCUCUGCGAUGUGUCAGGCAUGUCGCGCUGAGCAGGAGUCUGAGGCCUGAGAACAUCACAGUGCAGAUGAGUUCCUCCCCACGACACACAGCGCUGCACUGCAUUGAGCUCGAGGAUGGAGAACUAGCGUGGCUGGCUGCUGUGGCGCGUAGCUUGUGCCCUACUGACUGGCGUCACAUGUUAGUGCUGCCUGCCUGUCGCCUGACACACACAGGAGUCAUGCGGCUGCUGGAGUGCGAGGCGCUCAUCGCUGCCAAGGGCUGGGUGUAUCUGCAGUCUGAGGUACUCACUUCUGAUGACAAGCAGGACCUUACAGCGCUUGCCACUCGGAAGAAUAUCACCUUGCAGUUCAGGCUUCCGCACUCGAUAUGAUCCGUAAAAAAUUUCGGUCAACGGAUAUUAAUAAGAAGGAGGUUAAAAAACAAGAUAUGAAAUUGGUCCAGCGGCUACUCUUGAAUGUUCCGAAGUAUUGGAUGGGUGUUUGGAUUUAACACGAAUUAUCUAGGAUACAAUUUUGUUGAAUGGAAAGCAUGAUUUUUGACUCGUGUUAAAUUGGAUAACAAGGAAAAAUGUUUUGAGUCCACUGGUUCAACUAGGUAUUUAUUUUACUCCUUUGUGGAAGACAAGCGCUAAGGAGCCAACCAGAAGUUGCUGCCAUUUAAUGUAACAGUAUUCACAAGUGCCUUAGAAAUUAAAAUUCAUUUUAUGUGAUCAUGUACCUACUGUGUGAUAUUCUCAGCUACGUUCCUAAUAGACUUAAUCUUCUAGUGUAUUGAAAAAGUUGUCUACAUUGACGCCUAAAUCACCUUCUCGAUGUCGCUUUUCAUUAAAAUAUAAUACUGACCAAUAUAAGUGAUAAAAAAAUUGGUCAGUAUUGUAUUGAUGAGUGAUGAAAGCAAUUUCAAUUUAAAUUCAAUUUUUUUGCAUUAAAGUACAAAGUUCCACUCAAAUAUAGUGUCAUUGACAGAAGUUUUGUUUUCUGAUCUCAUGUGGAUUUAGUAUUAACUUGAUUACGUAUUGAAUUUAAUGGUUUGGAUUAUCUUCAAUUUUCUCCUGCGUAAGGAAUUUGAAUGUGUAAUGCCAACCUAAUAAGUUGUUCAAUUGUUUGCAGUAAGUUAAUUUAUCCAAAAUGCGGUUUUCAUGUAUUGUUUCAUUUUAGUCAAAUGUUGUUGACAAAUAGUUGAUGGCAAUGAAAAAUCAGUGAGUAAAUUUGUUUAGUAUUAUCAAUAAUCAUGGUUCCGAUUGUUAAUUGAGCUGCGGAUACAACUGUCAGAGCUCCACACCUACUGGUUACUUUUACGCCGAGGAUUAAUUCACAUUUUUGGAUGCCAUGAU